CCUGCUGAUAGGGUUUCACUCACUCCAAGGCGAAGAGGAGAGCAAGCAGUACAAUACAAGCUCUGGGACAUAAACCUACCUGGAAAUCUAUAUUUCUCUUCCUGUGAGCCGCGCCUUUUCUGGGACCUUCUGGGACCCGUGUCUUCCUGUGGAUACCUGGUCUUAGUCCUGUAGUCAUGCCUCUCCCCACUCCUGCCCCUUCUAACAAGAGGAAGAAGGCCAUCAAGAUCAUCACCGACCUGUCCAGUGUCAGCCAGAAUGAUAACGAGUCAGACCCCGAAGCCUCUGAGCUUGACCUGGGCACCAAGAUCAAGACUCCAAAGGACACCAUGCUGGAGGAGCUCUCCCUGAACUCGAACAAGGGCUCCAAGAUGUUCAAGAAGAGGCAGCAGAGGGUGGAGAAGUUCAUCGUGACCAACGAGAACAAGCAGAACUUCCAGAACCUGCUCACGUGCCCUCCACCUGUUGCACCGAAGCCUGAGAAGGCAAAGGAAGAAGUGGUGGAUGUGACGAUGGAUGAGGAAGCGGAGAAGGAGAAGAGGAGGAAGGAGUAUGCGGGCACCUACAUAUCGCCAUGGGAACGGGCCAUGAAGGGCAACGAGGAGCUGACAGCCACCCUGAAGGCCGCCAUGCCGGGCCCCAUCCAGCAGCACCAAGAACUGCCUCUGUACAAGAGCUUCAACAGGACGGCGCUGCCAUUCGGCGGCGUCGAGAAGGUGCCCAGGGCGCUGACCUUCGAGCUCGAAGAGCUCCAGGUGGCCUCCGAGGAUCCGGAUGCGACGGCCGGCCCGCAGGCCGACAUCCGCUCGCGCCCCUCGUUCAACCGCACGCCCAUCGGAUGGGUCUGCAGCGAAGACAACCCGAACAUCCACAUGGACCUGGACAACAUCCCCUUCGACGGAGAGACCGACGACCUGUGAACACGCACACAAUAAUACACCCUCGCAGGAGUGGAGACAUGCAAGCAUUGGGCAAAGUUAAUCAUUCAGACCACAUGCACUGACGACAUUAGCGCUGCUGAGGCUCCCAGGAACACAUGAGGAAAUUGAGCAAAACAUAAAUUUAAAACAUGACUUGAGGAGAUCGUCUCCUCGUGUGCUUUCUAGUCUUUUCAUCCCCGAUGUAUCUGAAUCUUGCUACGAUUUUGGAAACUGCAAGCUAUUGUGAGGCCUGUGUGAGUAGAUGAGCAGUCUGCACUCUGAAGACAAUGUAUUUAUUCAAUAAAGUUCCUCUUUGCAGAA